UUCCGCUUGAAUGCGGAUAUGUCGCAGUAAAACCGCGACUGUUACGAACGUUGAAGUGAAAAGAAAGUGGAAGCUACUCAGUCACAAUGAACACCCGGGGACUCCGCUCUCAGCUGAAGGACAGUGUUCCUGUGUCAGGCCUCUGUCCUCAGGGACAGUAUGGAAUCCAGGACUCUUUGCGAAGCGGCUUUACCAGUGUGAAGAAUGAGCUCCUUCCCAGUCACCCACUGGAGCUGUCAGAAAAGAACUUCCAGUUGAACCAGGAAAGGAUGAAUUAUUCCACUCUCAGAAACAUCCAGGGUCUUCAUGCCCCUCUCAAGCUGCAAAUGGAGUACAGAGCAGCCAGACAGAUCCAGCGCCUGCCAUUCUUACAGAGUUCAAACCUGGCUCUAGAUACGCUGCGAGGCGGCGACGAGUCCAUCGGCUUUGAGGACAUCCUCAACGAUCCAGCUCAGAGUGAAAUGAUGGGAGAGCCUCACAUGAUGGUGGAAUACAAACUGGGAUUGUUGUGAAUGGAUAUAGACACACACCCUCAACACCCAGUUAAUUCUGAGUUAUUUUGUGCAUUGUUUGUUUUUUAUUGGUUCAAAAACAAGCCAUUAAGUCAUGUUCUGGGCAACUCGCCUGUCAUCUUGUAGUAAAGUUCAUGGAUUAGAUGAGGAUGUUGGAAGGAGAAGAGGGUUCAUGGAUUUAGAGUUUCCCUAAACAGACAUUUUGUGCUGCAUUUGUAUGAUUCCAAUCCGGCAGGUGUUUCUAAUAAAUGUCAUAACCUUC